AUGGACGAAGAAAUGUCAACAGCUUCUCCUUUCUUCGAUCCUCAAGACCUCACUGCGCGAGAGUUCCGCAGAUACGGGAAAAGGCACUUAAAUUCAGGUGAUUCAGUUCAGCCAGAUUACUCUGCUUCCAAAUUAAGUGAAAGUGGGCUGUUUUACGAUGGCCAAAACAUUCAUAGUCCUACUAAUGCUGCCCUUAUUCUUGAAAAUAUUAAACAAGAGGUUGAAAGUCUCGAUGCUGAUUACUUGGAUGAUAAGUCUCUGUAUUCCUCUAAAAGGAGGUUGUCUGCUGAUAUUCCUGGUAUCCCUGGCAUGGAUGAUGGUUUUGACUCAGUACGGUAUUCGUUAAAGGUUUGCAAGCAAGAAGGCGACUCGUUGGGAGAUGAUGCAGAAAAUAUAUUUAAUUUGUUUGCUUCUCUGUUUGAUUCUUCUUUGACAGGAAUGAUGCCUAUUCCUGAUCUUAUACUAAGAUUUGAGAACGAGUGUCGAAACGUUUCAGAAUCUAUCAGGUAUGGCUUGAACAUAAGGCAUCGAGUUGUCGAGGACAAACUAAUGAGGCAGAAGGCUCAGCUCCUGCUUGAUGAGGCAGCAACAUGGUCUCUCUUGUGGUUCCUUUAUGGGAAAGGAAAUAUAUUGCUAUCCUUGGAUGCUCUGUUUUUAAGCAUUAAUUAUGUCUCCAUCCUUGAUUCUUCCAUGAUGUCUGUGACGGAAGAGCUUUCUAAAGAGCAAAUACUGGUGACAGGAACAUCACAUGUAGUGGCCUGUGAGUUUGUUGCAGAGGAUCACACAGCUCAGUUGUGCCUUAGGAUGGUUCAGUGGUUGGAAGGUUUAGCUUCUAAAGCACUUGACUUGGAAGCAAAGGUGCGUGGAUCUCAUGUUGGUAGUUAUCUCCCCAGCAGUGGUGUUUGGCAUCAUACUCAACGUUACCUGCAAAAAGCAACUUCUGACCGGAACGUUGUUCAUCACCUGGACUUUGAUGCUCCGACUCGCGAAAAUGCAAAUGUUUUGCCCGACGAUAAAAAACAAGAUGAAUCUCUUCUAGAGGAUGUAUGGACUCUUUUAAGGGCUGGGAGGCUAGAAGAGGCAUGCGGGAUUUGCCAGUCUGCUGGACAGCCAUGGAGAGCUUCCUCUUUGUGUCCUUUUGAAGGUCUGAGUCUGUUUCCUUCUGCUGAAGCUCUGGUGAAGAAUGGCAAAAGUAGGACUUUGCAAGCUGUUGAAUUUGAAAGUGGCAUUGGUCAUCAGUGGCAUCUUUGGAAAUGGGCUUCCUAUUGUGCAUCAGAGAAAAUAGCAGAGCUAGGUGGGAAAUAUGAAGCAGCUGUUUAUGCAGCCCAAUGCAGCAACCUCAAGCGGAUGCUUCCACUCUGCACAGACUGGGAGUCAGCAUGCUGGGCAAUGGCGAAGUCUUGGCUAGAUGUGCAGGUAGACUUGGAAGUCACUCGUGCGCUGCCUGGAGGAGUUGAUCAACAUAGAACCCUUGGAGAUGAAAUUGACCGAAGUCCUGGACAAGUUGAUGCUUCCUUUGAUCCUUCAAAUGGACCUGAAAAUUGGCCAAUUCAGGUUUUGAAUCAACAACCACGACAACUUUCAUCUCUUCUGCAAAAACUUCAUUCAGGGGAAAUGAUCCAUGAAACUGUUAUGCGGCAAUGCAAGGAGCAACAGCGACAACUCCAGAUGACCUUAAUGCUAGGGGACAUACCACGUGUACUAGACCUUAUAUGGUCAUGGAUAGCACCCUUGGAAGAUGAUCAGAAUGUAUUUAGGCCUCACGGAGAUCCUCAGAUGAUUCGAUUUGGUGCACAUCUAGUCCUCGUGCUUAGAUAUUUACUCGGCGAUGAAAUGAAGGGUGCUUUCAAGGACAAGAUUCAGAGUGUUGGUGACCAUAUUUUACACCUGUAUGCCCAAUUUCUAUUUUCAAAGGAGCACGAGGAGCUGGUGGGCACAUAUGCUUCUCAGCUUGCACGUCACCGUUGCAUAGACCUCUUUGUUCAUAUGAUGGAACUUAGGCUGCACAGCAGUGUACGUGUCAAAUACAAGAUAUUCCUUUCUGCUAUGGAAUAUUUACCAUUUUCUUCGAUGGAUGAAUCUAAGGGUAGUUUUGAAGACAUUAUUGAGAGGGUUUUGUUGAGAUCUCGAGAGAUCAAGAAUGGCAAAUAUGAUACUCUGUCAGAUGUUGCAGAACAGCACAGACUGCAGAGUCUUGAAAAGGCUAAAGUCAUCCAGUGGCUUUGCUUCACACCACCAUCAACAAUUACUAAUGUCAAAGAUGUUAGUAAAAAACUUCUUCUUCGAGCAUUGGUACAUAGCAAUGUACUCUUCAGGGAGUUUGCCUUGAUUUCUAUGUGGAGAAUACCCGCAAUGCCAAUAGGUGCCCACACAGCUCUUGGUUUUCUUGCCGAGCCCUUGAAACAACUUGCAGAGACUCUUGAGACCUCCGAGGAUCAAAAUGUUUUUGAGGAUCUGAGGGAGUUCGAAGAAUGGCGUGAGUAUUACUCCUGUGAUGCAACCUACCGCAAUUGGCUUAAAACUGAAUUAGAGAAUGCAGAAGUUCCUGUCUCUGAAUUGUCACUAGAGGAAAAGGAAAGGGCUAUUUCAGCAGCGAAGGAAACACUAACUGCGUCUCUUUCACUGCUAGAAAGAAGUGAAGCACCGUGGCUGGCUUCUAUUGAUAAUGUAUAUGAAUCUGAUGAACCUGUUUUCCUUGAACUUCAUGCAACGGCAAUGCUCUGCCUGCCAUCUGGAGAUUGUUUGUGUCCAGAUGCCACUGUAUGCACCACACUGACAAGUGCCUUCUACUCUUCUGUUGGUGACGAGGUUGUCUUAAAUAGACAACUAUUGGUGAAAGUCUCUAUAUCUUCAAGGGACAAUUAUUGCAUUGAUAUUGUUCUUCGGUGCUUAGCAAUAGAUGGUGAUGGACUUGGACCACAUGAUUUCAAUGACGGUGGUAUUCUUAGCACCAUCAUGGCUGCUGGUUUUAAAGGUGAGCUUCCUCGAUUUCAGGCUGGAGUUACAAUGGAAAUAUCCCGAUUGGAUGCUUGGUAUUCUGACAAAAAUGGCAUCUUAGAUUUCCCUGCAACAUACAUCGUGAAAGGACUUUGUCGCAGGUGCUGUCUCCCAGAAGUCAUUCUUCGUUGCAUGCAAGUUUAUGCUUCUCUCAUGGGAUCAGGAGUCCUGCCAGAUUCCCACGAUAAUUUGAUUGAACUCGUUGGCAGUCCUGAAACUCGCUUUCUUGACUUGUUCAGUCAGCAACAAUUACAGGAGUUUUUAUUGAUGGAGAGGGAAUACUCAAUCUGCAAAAUGGAGCAUUCACAGAAAUGA